CCAAGAGGCAAAGGUGAAGUGCAGAUCGGUGGGCUCCACUUCAAACAUCUUGCAGACCACGGCCAUGCUUGCAGGAGGUCUCUGCAACACUCUGCUGCAAUGAUCCCAUUUGACACAGCAGAGAAGAAGGUUACAGGUGGGGCGUGGUUUGAUAUCUCACUGAAUUAUCUCCUAGCAGGCUCCAACAAACACCACAAAGACAUGUUUAGCAGCUAUCGUCGUCUGCAACAUUAAAAUGGACCAAAAGUGGAUUCCAAUUCUGGUGAUUCUGGUGUUUUGCCAAAAAAUGACUUCAGGAGCUGGUGAAGACAUAGUUGCAAAGGAAGGGGAGCAGGUUGAAAUCACAUGUAAGCCUCAUGACAUGGGCAGCAUGGUCAUCUGGUUUCGAGUUCUGGACACAUCUGGCAUGGAAUUCAUUGCAUCUUUCAGCAGCAUUGGUCUCACAAAGUCAACCGCAGCCUCCUUCCCUUCUACCUUCAGUAAUUCAAAGAUUCAGCAAAAUAUCCUAAUACUGAAGUCAUUCAACAAAGCUCAGGACAGCGGCGUUUACUGCUGUGCGGCUCUCAAAAACAAUGGACUGAAAUUCGGCAUAACAACCCGACUGGUCGGAGAAAAAGGUAAAGUCGCAGUAGUGGAAACAACACAGGCUGCCGCCACCACCACCACGGAACAAAAUCUAUGCACAACUGCUGCAUGUGUUUGUGACAAAAACAAGAAGAAGCUAGGGGAAACCAGUCCUCAAAUGUUUUGUACUCCAAUCAUACUGGGCCCACUGGCCGGCGGCUGUGGCCUUCUUCUUCUACUCCUCAUCAUCUCCACUGUGUACUGCAACCAUAUAAGGACACGGAGAUGCCCACACCAUUACAAACGAAAACCACGGUCGGGGGAUCUUGAAAAACUAAAACUGGACAAACGACAAGUUUAAUCCAAAUGGUGUGUGUAAUUUCAUGGACACUGCUUUAAAUGGCAAUUAUAUUACAGGCUUGUGUUACUGUUGCAGAAAUCAUUUUUUCAUCAUUUAUUCAGUUUAAUCCCAUUUCUGGGGAACAUGUUGCUGCCAACUUAAAAAAGUUCUUCAUGUGAAGUGUUUAAAAUCUUAUAAAAGAUCUUCAAAGCUCUUCGCCAACAUCUCUAGUUUGAACGUUGUUGUUUUACGGCUGAUAACGCUGCGCUGUCACAUUACGAUUGAACUCUUCUAAUGAAAUAACAUGAAAUGAAGUAAGCACUCAUUUACAUGUAUGCAUACAUCAUGCAAACAAUUGUAUAUAAUUAAUUUUGCUUUUAUGUAGAGCCAAAGCCAAUUUUACACUGACUUUUUCAGCAGUCUCCCUACAUAGAUUUUUGACCGUAAUAACUGUACAGUCCUUUAGAUUUUGUGACAUUU